AUGGCGUGUCCUCACCUUGACUCCCUGACUCUCAGGCCCCCCACCGCCGCCCAGUCCGUCUACCGAGAGGACUGCACGCAAUGUUUCGACUCGAUCGAUGACCCCGCCGGCCUCGACGUCUGCCUGCAGUGCUUCAACGGCGGCUGUGCCGGCGAACGCAACCACGCCUCGCUGCACCGUGCCUUGUGGAGCCACCCGCUCGUGCUCAACAUCCGUCGAUCGCGCAAGGUCGUCGUGCGCGACGAGCCUCCCUUCAAAAUGUCCAAGCUCGCCAUCGCCGCCGAGACGGACGAGGACAGGUACGACACCAAGACGACCGUCAGGUGCCUCGAAUGCAGCACCGAGCUGGACCAGACGAGCGAAAAGCUGGCGCCCCUUGUCGAGGGCAUCCUCAAGGCGAACACCUUUUCGCGGAAGGAGGAGGUCAAGGCCUGGGAGCAGGAGCUCACGAGCUGUGAACACAUCCUCCUGCUCCAGCAGUCUGAGGGCCGGACCAUCGAGCCCGCGGGCCUCGGCCACUGCUCGAGUUGCGAUCUGAAGGAGAACCUCUGGCUCUGCCUCGAGUGCGGCGCGCUCGGCUGCGGCAGAAAGCAGAUGGGCGGCGUGGACGGCAACUCACACGCCCUGGCGCACGCCACUGCAUCUGGUCACGGCGUUGCGGUGAAGCUGGGCUCCAUCACGCCCGAGGGAACCGCUGAUGUCUACUGCUACAAGUGCGACGACGAGAGGAUCGACAGCGAUCUCAACCAGCACCUGGCGCACUGGGGCAUCAUCCUGGCCGAGCAGCAAAAGACGGAGAAGAGCUUGACGGAAAUGCAGAUUGAGCAGAACCUCAAGUGGGAUUUCAGCAUGACCAACGAGGACGGCCAGGAGCUGAAGCCUUUGACCGGUCCCAGCCUUACGGGUCUGAAGAACCUGGGAAACAGCUGCUACCUGGCGAGCAUCAUCCAGUGCCUCUUUGAUAUGCCGUCGUUCAAGACGCGCUACUUCCAACCCAACCUCGACCUGCCUGUCGUCGAAGACCCCGCAGCCGACCUCGAGACGCAGCUGCGCAAGAUGGCCGACGGCCUGCACUCUGGCCGCUACUCCAAGCCCGACCCCGAAGCUCCCGUGUCGGACGAGACGCCCCAUCUCACAUAUCAAAAGGGCCUGGCCCCCGCCAUGCUCAAGCACCUCAUCGGCCGCGGCCACGCCGAGUUCUCGACGAUGCGCCAGCAGGACGCAUUCGAGCUUCUGCAGCACCUCUUCAAGCUCAUCACGCGGACGAACCACCCCGCCGGCCUCCAGGACCCGACCCAGCAGUUCCGCUUCGUUCUGGAGCAGCGCCUUCAGUGCACGGGAUGCAAGAAGGUGAGGUACACGACCAACGAGCAGGACAACAUCUUCAUCAACGUCCCCCUCGAGAAGCUCCCCGCGACAGAGGACGGCGAGGCCAAGGCAGACCAGUACGCGCCCGUCACGCUCAAGGAGUGCCUCGAUAACUUCACCGCCGAGGAGGCGGUCGAGCUGACCUGCUCCUCCUGCGGCAGCAAGGACGGCUACACCAAGAGGUCCCUCUUCAAGACGCUGCCCGAUGUGCUCGUCGUCAACGCCAAGAAGAUGGCCAUCAUCAACUGGGUGCCCGUCAAGAUUGACGUCCCCGUCAUCGUGCCCGACGAAGCCUUCCCCCUGGACGCCUACCUCUCGCCAGGUGUCCAGCCCGGCGAGGAGCAGCUGCCCGAGGACGCCGAGAGCAGAGCACCGUCCUUUGAGCCCAACGCCGAGGCAGUCGUCCAGCUCGAGGCCAUGGGCUUCCCGCGCAACCGCUGCGAAAAGGCCCUCCACGCCACGGGCAACGCGAGCGCCGACUCGGCCAUGGAGUGGCUCUUCGCCCACAUGGAGGACCCCGACAUUGACGCGCCCCUCGACCUCGGAGGCGCCGCGGCCGGCGGCGACACGGCGGAUCCCGAGAAGAUCGACAUGCUCGGAGCCAUGGGCUUCGGCGCGCCCCAGGCCAAGAAGGCGCUGCGCGAGACGGCCGGAGACGUCGAGAGGGCCGUCGAGUGGCUGUUCAGCCACCCCGACGACCAGGGCGCCUUUGACGACGAGGCUGCCGCGCCUGCGGCGGAGAGCGCCGGGCCGGCCGAGCCGGCGGGCAGCGCGGCCGUGCCGGCGAAUUUCCAGCUGCAGUCGAUUGUGUGCCACAAGGGCACGAGCAUCCACGCUGGGCAUUACGUCGCCUUUAUCCGGCAGGCGGGCGAUCACCCGUCGUGGGUGCUCUUCAACGACGAAAAGGUGGUCGAGGCAGGCGAGGUCGAGGAGAUGCGCAAGUUUGCGUACGUCUACUUCUUCAAGAGGGUGUAG